AUCUCACCUCACCCCGAGCCCGAAGCCUCGACCUGGCCAGGCUUCCCUUGCCCUAGGAUUGCGCCGCCGCCGAUCCAGCCGGCUUCUCCCCGCCCGACGGCCGCGAUGUACAACGUAACGGCAUCGGACUGCAGACCGCGCGGGGGUCGGGCACCAACGGGUACGCGCAGAGCAACACGUUCUUCGUCAAGCCCCGCUCCACAUCCGGCGGGGGUCCGGGCGGACACCACAGGCCGCUGCCCCUCGACGCCGCCGGCGCCGAUGGCGGCGGGAUGCGCAAGCCCAACAAGGAGAUCCUCGAGCACGACCGCAAGCGCCAAGUCGAGCUCAAGCUGCUCGUGCUCAGGGACGCGCUCGAGGAGCACGGCUACACCGAAGACGAGAUCGAGGAGCGCGUCGCGGAGGCGCGCAAGGCAGCGGAGGAGGUAGGGAUCGGUCGUGGCGCCGGGCGAUCGCCUCUGCCCGGCAGAGGAUAUGGAUCUGUUGGCGUCAUUUAGGUUUCAGAUUGCGGCAGAUAAGGCCAGAUGUCGAUUGUCUAGCAAGACCUAGAUGUAGUGGCUUCUAUAUUAGUAUGGGAGUCUUCUAGUACUUAAAGAGCAAUCCCAUAUUCGAAUUGUAUAUGUUCUGUUUAUAUGUUCGUGCAUUUGUCCAUCUUUUGGAUCGUAAAAUCAUUUAUCAGUC